CUUGGUCGGAAAAUCUCUUCUCAAUUAGUGCUAGCUUUUUUUUUCCGGCUGCCACAAGAUCAGAAAAUAUUUCAUGCGGGUUAUCCCGAUUUCAUUACUCUCACAUGUGAGAGGACUGAUUCGAAGAGGACCCUCUUCGAGAUGGUACGUGGUUCCUGCACUUUCCCGGACGAACAUUACAAUCUCACACUCAGAGCAUGUGAAAGAAGGUACCUUUGAUUAUAAAUCAUUGGAGUUAAAUGAAAUUGGGGUUCUUCGAGUAUUGAAUAGUAUGAAGGAUGAUCCUUAUCUUGCUUUAUCGUUUCUGAAACGAAUUGAAGGAAAUGUGGCUUUGCCUAGUGUCCAAGCUUAUGCAACUGUUAUCAGAAUUGUUUGUGGUUGGGGUUUAGAUCAGAAACUGGAUACUUUUCUAGUGGAACUCGUUAGAAAAGGAGAUGCGGGGCGCGGUUUCAGUGUUAUGGAGUUGUUAAAUGCCAUUGGAGAAAUGGAACAGUCAUUGGUGUUGUUGAUACGGGUCUCCACUGCAUUGGUUAAAGCCUAUGCUAAUCUUGAAUUGUUUGAGGAAGCUAUCGAUAUUUUUUUUCGAACUUAUCAUUCCUUAGGACGUGCUCCGGAUAUAAAGGUAUUGAGUGUUUUGAUGAACCGUAUGAUUGCUUCUGGGAGAACUGAUAUGGUGGUUGGUGUUUUCUGGGAAAUAGAGCGGCUGGGGUUGUAUGUGGAUGCACAUACUUAUGUGCUUGUUGUUCAAGCAUUGUGUAGGAAUGAUGAUAAAGAAGGGGUAGAUAAGCUUCUUAUUAGACUGUUAAACUCAGAGACGAGGAAUCCUUGCGUGUUUUAUUUGAAAUUCAUUGAAGGACUAUGUUUAAAUCAGAUGGCAAGUAUGGCGUAUCUUCUACUCCAACCAUUGAGGGAAGUGAAUAUUCUGGUGGAUAUGAGUGAUCUUGGAAUUGCAUAUCGCAGAGUGGUCCGCGGUUUAUGUAAUGAGAUGAGAAUAGAAGAUGCUGAAAAAGCUUUUCUUGACAUGGAGGAGCACGGGAUUGAUCCGGAUGUCUAUGUUUACUCGGCGAUAAUUGAGGGACAUCGCAAGACUAUGAAUAUACCUAAAGCUUUUGAUAUUUUUAACAAAAUGGUGGAGAAAGGAAAAAGAAUAAAUUGUGUGAUUGGAAGUUCGAUCCUUCAGUGCUGUUGUCAGAUGGGAAAUUUCUCAGGAGCUUAUGAUCUGUUUAAAGAGUUUAGAGAGUUGAACAUUCCUCUUGAUAGGGUUUGCUACAAUGUUGCAUUUGAUGCUUUGGGAAAGCUUGGCAAAGUAGAAGAAGCUAUUGAGCUGUUCCGAGAAAUGACGGGUAAAGGAAUAGCUCCUGACGUCAUCAACUACACGACGUUGAUAGGUGGUUGCUGUCUACAAGGUAAAUGUUCUGAUGCUUUUGAUUUGAUGAUUGAAAUGGACGGAUCAGGUAAAACACCUGAUAUUGUUAUAUAUAACGUACUUGCUGGUGGAUUGGCUAGGAAUGGUCUUUCCCAAGAGGCACUCGAAACUUUGAAACUGAUGGAAGAUCGGGGGGUAAAACCCACUUAUGUUACACACAAUAUGGUCAUUGAAGGCCUGAUUGUUGCAGGUAAACUAGACAAGGCUGAAGCUUUCUAUGAGAGUUUGGAACAUAAGUCUCGGGAAAAUGAUGCAAGUAUGGUUAAAGGCUAUUGUGAAGCUGGCUGUCUUGAUCAGGCAUUUGAACGAUUCAUUAGACUGGAAUUUCCUCUGCCCAAGAGUGUGUAUUUUACUCUAUUCACUAGUCUUUGCGCCGAGAAGAAUUAUAUCAGCAAAGCUCAAGACUUACUGGAUAGAAUGUGGGAACUUGGAGUCAAACCUGAGAAGAGCAUGUAUGGAAAGUUAAUUGGGGCAUGGUGUCGAGUUAAUAAUGUGAGAAAAGCCCGGCAGUUUUUUGAAAUUUUAGUUACUAAAGAGAUUAUCCCUGAUUUGUUCACUUACACAAUCAUGAUUAACACCUAUUGCCGGUUAAACGAGCUGAAGCAAGCCUAUGCUCUUUUUCAAGACAUGAAGAGGAGAGAUGUCAAACCUGAUGUGGUAACAUACACAGUUUUACUCAAUAGCAAUCCAGAGUUGGAUAUGAAGAGGGAAAUGGAAGCCUUUGAUGUUAAACCAGACGUUGUCUUAUACACAAUCAUGAUUAACAGAUAUUGCCAGUUAAACGACGUGAAGAAAGCCUAUGCUCUUUUUAAAGACAUGAAGAGGAGAGAAAUCGUACCUGAUGUGGUAACAUACACAGUUUUGCUCAAAAACAAUCCAGAACUGGAUCUUACGAGGGAAAUGAAAGCCUUUGAUGUUAAACCAGACGUUUUCUACUACACAGUUUUGAUUGAUUGGCAGUGCAAGAUUGGUGAUCUUAAAGAGGCGAAAGGAAUCUUUGAUCAAAUGAUCGAAAGUGGGGUGGAUCCUGAUGCUGCACCUUACACAGCACUAAUAGCUGGUUGUUGUAAGAUGGGAAAUCUUAAAGAGGCAAAAAUGAUCUUUGAUCUAAUGAUUGAAAGUGGGUUAAAGCCUGAUUUUGUGUCUUACACAACACUAAUAGCUGGUUUUCGUAGGAAUGGGUUUGUACGUAAGGCGUUCACACUUAUGAAAGAGAUGUUGGAAAAGGGGAUUAAGCCGACUCAAGCUUCCCUGUCAGCAGUACACUAUGCUAAAUCAAAGGCCAAGGGACUCCGAUGAUGAUUAAGAGCCUAUAUCUAAAUGGUCAGGUGAGGAUGUGGAACCACAGUUAUUGGUCUUGAGAACAAAGUUCUUUGUCAGUU